GUGCAAAGAAACACCGAAAUACGAUCGGUUUCAGUAUAAUUUUCUAAGUCAUCAAUCGUUCGCGAUGAAAGAUUUUCCCUCUGAUAUACUUUGUUGUUUAUUUGUGAUAUUUCAUUAACGUCUCUUUAAAUGUGGUCAAAGUGAAGGCCUCGAGGAACAACAAUUGUGAACCUGACUAGACCACUUAUCUCUUCAGGUUUAAUCUCCAAGCAGAUCUUACGGUGCCAUAAGCUAGUAUGAAAGCUGGCCAGGGAGUAUAGCCGACUAAGGGAGUCAAACGGGAAGUUUGAUACUAUACAUUACGCACCGUGGAUCUGGUUGGAGAUUAUUCAGGUUCUUCUCCAAACAACGAGACUGAUCACCUGCUGAGUCGGGCAUGUCAAUUUCCGCAGGAGAGAUGCCAUUUUCGUGUCCCGUUAAGUGUGCUAUUCCUCAGUAGCCAUAGAUACAUCUAUGUUUGAAAAGAACAACGCGGUUCAACAAGCAUUCGUAUUAGUCACAGACACUGUAAAGGUAUAAAGGGUUACAAAAUGGCUAUGUCGUGGACAAGCGGGCGAAUAAAAAUGGUCAUUGGGAUCUUCAUAAUGUCAUUCUGUGGGUUUUUCCUGUUCGCCAGUUAUUCAUACGGCAUAAAGAACAGGAACACCUCCAUCAAUUUACCAGGGUUUUUAGAUAAUCACGUCAAGAAACAGAAGAUGGUCUCUAAUCAUGCUGAUGCAGAAUACCCGAGUGAUGAGACUAUUCAUAGUGAGGUAGAAUCACACCUAAAAACCAAUGUCCCUAACAGCCUACAGUACGACCGCUCUAAAUCAACUAAAACACCUGUCAUUGACAUUGUUGAAGAAAGGCUUGACGAGAAAGUACCCGGUGAAGACAAAGGCAUGGUCACGGAAACAAAAGACCUCCAUCUACAGAAUAUUAAGACAGUCGUGUCCAAGCCGAACGGACGGUCAGAUUCCAAAAGUUUACGAAAAAAAUCCAACCAUUCGCCCAUUCAGCGGAGUCGGGCUCCGGAAUGGUUUAGCGCAGACGACAUUGACAAGAUGAUUCAUCUGGCGACUUGGAACAUCUCCCAUCUCGAGAACAUACCCCAUCAUCCUAAAGUGGAUAAGAUCGUUUUCGAUAAACACGGCAAUUUCGAAAUUCAACCCACCACGAACGAUCACCUGUCUGUUUGCACCGAUCAGUGCGCUGUACUGAAAAGCUACCGAGACAUGUUUGAAGUCGUGGCGUACCAUCUAGACAGAGUGCUGGGGUGGGACCGUGCCCUCCCGGCGGUGGCACGAGCCUUUACCGGACUGGGUCAUCUCGGGCUCCGAUACGAGGACGGCCGGGCGAGGCCGCUGAUAUGGUGGGAUCCGGACCUUAUUCACGGCGGAGAUUUUCAAGAGGACCAGAACUCCUUUGAGCUGGACUGGUCGACAUAUCAGUCCAUCCUGAGGGCUCGGUGCUGGGCUGACGGCAGGAAGCCUCGUCCAUGGGACAGGUGUUCCGUGGUGCACCUGGAGUGGGCACGUCUCGCCAUGUUUGACUUCCUCCUUCAGGUCUAUGACCGCCUUGACAGGAACUGCUGCGGGUUCAGGCCAACAGAGCAGGACAAGUGUGAGUCGGACGGACGGACCGCAGACUGUGACAACCCGGACGCGCAACUCAUGCUGGUACACAUCUUCAGCAACAGGAAUGACCCGAGUAGACUGGUGUUCCUGGAUAACGCAGGUGUUGCAGAACGGCAGGAGGACAACUUGGACUUCCGACUGCUUGCUGGGAUCGACGAGGUUCCACGGAGAGCCGUGGAGGUGUUGAAGUCUGGACGGUUGGCUGAGCUGCUGCUGCGGUCCUUACAAGUGGACAGGGUUUUCUGGAAAACACAAGACCGAGACAAUCUGACCAAAUAUGUCCACAUUCUGCAGAAAAGGGGACAAAUUCUUGCAGAUUACAUAGAUGAGCAAGGAAUUGCUUUAGUGGAUGAUUACUGAAGUCGAUGUUCAUUAGGAAGACAAAAAUAAAUUAUAGUAAUUUUAAGGAAAUAAAUUAUAGUAAGAACGAGUUAGAAUUAGCAUAGCUACAAGAAAAACGCGUUAAUUUCCUUACAAUAGCUUGAAACUGAUCGUAAUGCACUGUCUGCUUUAUAAUAUAUUAGAAUUUAGACUAAUGCCCAUCAUAUAAUGCGGAAUUUUUGCAGUAGAAUUUAUAAUCAUAGUUAACGUUGUUUGCUAAUGAUGUGUACUUACAGAUUAAGGUUAGCCUCCUUCACCGGCGUCUCUAGGGCCUUGGCGAAAGUUGUUUUAUUUUUUAUUUUUAUCUGGGAAUCGGGACUUGGCAAAAGACUGCGCACUGCAUUUGUGCAUUUAGGAUUCCAUCCUGGUUGCCGUAAGACCCAAUAACAAAGCUAAAAUGACUCGUAGAAGAUCGUAACGUUCAUGCUACUGACUGUCGCUAGAGAAUCCCGGUCGACAGGAGAGAGCCAUAAAACAUGAUACUAAUUACAACCCAACAUCUUCUUGGAGAUUCUUGCCUUGUCACACAGUGUUCUGGAUACGAGCACAUCAACAAUGCAGAGUACCCUGUGUACGAGACUGAACU